AUGGUUCUCGGUGAUGGAAUUCAAGUCUAUGUAUUACCAGGUGGAAAUGGCCUAGAAGAGGAUAAAACUAAGACCGCGUUCACAUAUCCUUUGGGCUUUAAUGAGUUCAACCGUAUGCCGCAGGAUGCCCAAGGAGUCCACACCGACCCAGACAAGAUCUCCGCUCUCAAAGAUUGGCCUCGUCCUGUGAACAGAGAAGAGCUGAAGCGUUUCCUGGGUUUCGCAGGGUAUUAUAGGCGUUUUGUAGAGGGCUAUUCUAAGAUCGCCAAGCCUCUAAACUCUCUUAUUAUCGGGUGUUAUCCACCCAAAAAGAGGGAUUGGCCAUCUGGUUCUGUGUUAGUGUGUCCUGCUCGGUACUUGAUGUUAAAUCUGAAAGUUGACAAGGCAGCCAGCCAACCAACGAUGUCCGGCGGCAUCCAGUUUGGCGGAGGUGAGGACAUAGACAGCCUGGUAGUCAGUAACACUAACAGAAUACUGGAUGACUCUUCAUCUAGUAGUAGUGAUAACACUUCACUCUUAGGUGGUAGUGACACUGGGAUGAUCUAUCUAAAUCCCCAAACACCAAACUGGACUCUUGCAAACAAGUUUGCAGAGCUUACAUCAGCAGAAGGAAGUGGAGUGUCUCAUGGCCAAGAUAACUCCCACCCAGAACCAUCGGAAUGCAUGGACUAUAUCAAAGCCAACAUGAAAUUCCAUGGAACUGAUGAUGUGCACUUAGACACCGUGCAGCAGAAGGAGAGCAAGUGCACCAAAUUCUUAAAGAGCCCUGAACUGCAAAGGGAUGAUUCAGUUAAAGUAUCUGAAAAGCUGAAAGAGCUAAAUGUGGACUCUCAUGACUUUCCUCAAGAUGGAGAUGUGAGCAAGAGUACAGAGACAAGUAAAAAGAAUCUUCCCCAUAUGGAUGUCAUACUGUUUGAUGCAUGUGAGGAUAGCAAGACCCCUCGACUCUUUGCAGCUAUGAAAAAGCGUAGUGUUGCGGGCGACACAGAGCAUCGCCCCUACAAGUGCACUCACUGCGACUGGGCUUUUAAGAAGUUUUGCAACCUGCAGAGCCAUUUAGAGACCCAUACUGGCUUGAAGCCACACAUAUGUGAUAUAUGUGGCAAAGCAUACUCUCACCAAGGCACACUACAGCAGCACAAACGCCUACACACUGGUGAAAGACCAUAUCACUGUCCCUUCUGCGUCAAGACCUAUAUCUGGUCCUCAGAUUACCGCAAACAUAUCCGCACCCACACUGGUGAAAAGCCCUAUGUCUGUGAUACUUGUGGCAAGGACUUCGUGCGUUCUUCUGACCUCCGAAAGCAUGAGCGGAACAUGCACACCAAUGACAAGCCUUACCCGUGCACACACUGCGGUAAAACCUUCAACAAGCCUCUCUCACUAAAGCGUCACGAGCGCAAGCACUUGGGCGAGAAGCCUUUCUGCUGCCCUGACUGUGGGAAGGCAUUUGCCUUGGCAAGCCGUAUGGCAGAGCACCAGAAAAUCCACAGAGGUGUGCGUCCAUACAUUUGUCCAGUGUGCUCCAAAUGUUUCACAAAAUCCUCCAAUCUGUUUGAGCAUGAGGCCAUUCACAGCGGAGUCCGGCCUCACAAGUGCAAAGAAUGCGGAGUGGCCUUUGCCAUGGCUUCACGCCUAGUACGUCACCAGUAUGUUCACAGUGGAGAGAGACCCUUCAGUUGCCCAGGUUGCAGCAUGAGUUUCAGCCACUUAGCCACGCUGAAACAUCACCAAGAGCAAACCUGUGCAGGGAGGAUAUUUAUCUGUAAAGACUGUGACAAAUCAUUCCAGUGUGCCUCAAAGCUCACGCAGCAUAUGCUGAGCCACAAGGACAAGACUGUCUGA